UUUGUCACAAAAUGAGAAGGUAAAUGAAAAAAAGGAAAAAAGUGGGAGGUUGGUGACUUUGUUCACCAGCAACGAAGCAAGAGUCUCUGUUGCUAAUCUUCAACAAUUGAUUAAUUGUAUUAGAUUUCGAAAUUUGAAAUGCAGAGCAAGGGAUCGAGCCACAGACUUUCAAGUAUGGCGGCUAAUCGAUCGCGAAUUCCUUCACUCCUCAUCUCCAUGUUCGCCACUUUCGCCUCUAUCUACGUCGCCGGAAGGUUGUGGCAAGACGCAGGGAAUCGUGUUUAUCUCAUCAAAGAGCUUGAUAGAAUCACUGGCCAGGGACAAUCUGCUAUAUCAGUGGAUGAUACAUUGAAGAUCAUAGCCUGCAGGGAACAACAUAAGAAGCUCGAUGUGCUUGAGAUGGAACUUGCUUCAGCUAAACAAGAGGGUUUUGUUUCAAAGGGGUUGGUUGAGACCAACGGUACUUACUCUAAGAGACGGCCCUUGGUAGUCAUAGGUAUAUUGACAAAGUUUGGCCGCCAAAAGAAUAGAGAUGCAAUUCGCAAGGCUUGGAUGGGAAGCGGUGCAGCUUUCAAGAAAAUUGAAGAUGGAAAGGGCAUCAUUGUGCGAUUUGUUAUUGGUAGAAGUGCAAAUAGUGCGGACGGUCUGGAUAAAGACAUUGAUCGUGAGAAUAGGUUGACGAAUGACUUCCUAAUUCUAGAUGAUCAUGUGGAAGGAAACCCGGGACACCCAGAGAAGGCUAAAUUGUUUUUUGCUCACGCUGCAGACAAAUGGGAUGCGGAGUUUUACGCUAAAGUCAAUGAUGAUGUUUAUGUAAAUAUUGAUGCCUUGGGAGCUACACUUGCAACUCAUUUGGACAAACCUCGUCUUUACAUGGGAUGCAUGAAAUCGGGCGAAGUUUUCUCUGAACAGAACCAAAAAUGGUAUGAACCAGAAUGGUGGAAGUUUGGUGACAAAAAAUCAUAUUUUCGUCACGCAUCAGGAGAGAUGUAUGUCAUAUCACGAGCUUUGGCUAGAUUCAUAUCAAUAAACAGAUCUAUUCUUCGUACCUAUGCCCAUGAUGAUGUGAGUACUGGAUCCUGGUUUAUUGGACUUGAUGCAAAGUAUGUUGACGAGGCAAAGUUUUGUUGCUCGUCUUGGUCGACAGGAGCAAUUUGUGCGGGUGUUUGAGUUGAUUACAGUGCAUUAUUGUGAAAAGCCUAGCAAUGUAAUACACAAGAUUUCUGGAAAGUUGCCUCUUGAUUUUCUGUUCAUCUUUCACGUUAACUUGUGAGCACAGUUGGCAAAUUGAUCGGUUCUAGGUUUGCUGGCAGAGUUAUUACUAAAGGCAUCUGACAUAGUAUUAUACAACAAAAUAUUUACCUUUACCUCUACCUAUAAGUUGUUUUGUAUCAUUUUAUAAUUCUUUCAUUCGUUCAUGGGUAAGGUAUAGGAGAGGAAGGUAAAUCUUCUCUUGGCAGGAGAACUUCCUAAAUGCACUUAAAAAUAUUUGUAGGAGUGACAUGGUGGCCUGUGGAGAGACUUCGUAUUUUUUGUACAUGGUAUAUGGGAAUUUUGAGUUGUGAUUAUGUUUUUGGCGAAAGCUAGGGUGGACAAGUGCUCCUUGUGGUCCACAAGGUCAAAGGCUUUUUUGUAAUAUUAUUUUGGGUUUUAAAAUCCUUUCAUUUUUUUCUUUCAA